AAGAUGAAGAAUGUUUUGGUGGUUGUUGACGAGAGCAACUCAAGUUAUGAUUUACUCCUUUGGGUCCUUGAAAAUCUUAAAGAUUCCAUUGACAACAACAAGCUUUUGAUCUUCGCAAAACAGCCACAAACUUCUAUCUCACUAUCUUCUUCAGUGGGCUUUGCUCAACUUUUCUAUCCAUUUUCACCCAGUGCAGAACUUAUACGAUCGGCGCAAGAAAAAAAUAAGAAGAUUGCUUUGGGUAUAUUAGAGAAAGCCAAGAAGAUAAGUGGAAAUCAUGGGAUUAAAGCAGAGACAUUCACUGUUAUCGGAGACCCUAAAGAGCCAAUCCACAAGCUAAUUCAAGAGCGAAGGAUCGAUUUAUUAGUUAUGAGCAAUCAACACACACAAAGUCUCAAAAAGUGUUUACAUAAUACAGAUUGCUCUCUUCUUGUCGUGGAGAAAGAAUUUCGUAAAAAUUAGCGAUUAAUUCGCUAAAAUGAAUGAUGGUGUAAACUGCUAAAAUCCUGUAUUUAUAAUACUGUAUACAUGUGUUUAUGUAAACUUCUGACUGUAAGUAUAUCGUUAUAAUAA